UGAUUGAAAUUCUCUCUCUCCUCCUCUUCUUCUUUUCUCCUCUACCAACCACACAAACCCUAUCAACAACCCCCCUUCACAUCUAAAGAGGGUCUGGCAAGGAGUACGUCUUUCGUACUUGUUCUCUGUCUCGCUCACUUUUUUCCAUCAGAAAAAAAACUUCUAAAAAAAACUUGAAAAUCCCCCAUCAAAAAUUUCCCGCCUCCAUAUCGGAUUCUCCCCCUCCUCCUCAAUCGCAAGAAGAAUACCACAAGAGGCCUCGCUCACCGAACCUCUUUUUCUUGCUUUUACCUCAGCACCUGCCUGUCAAUCUCGCAACAAGUGCCCCUCGUGUGUGUCGGUCAGACGUCACACAUCGCCCUACCCUCACUCGACAAGAAAGGCUCAUCGUCGCUUCCUGUUGCCCUUAUCCCCCCUCCUUCACCACACGCCGACCGGUCCCGUUUAACGACCGAUCGUAAGAUUUCUUGACUUGUAUCCUUCCUCCGUGUCAACCCCAACAACACCGAUACAAUGGCCACCGCUACCAACAACGGCGCUGUCGACCAGCUCGCCAACGACCUGAGCAACGCCUCGCUCAACGGCGCUGACGCCAAGGCCGCUCCCGCCAUCAACACCAACGUUGAGUCUGGCGCUCAGGGCGACAAUGCCGACACCGCUGGCCCUACCCCCAGCUCGGCUGCCCCCCACCCCCAGGCCUCUGCCUCCCUCUACGUCGGCGAGCUCGACCCUUCCGUUACCGAGGCCAUGCUCUUCGAGCUGUUCUCCCAGAUUGGCUCCGUCGCUUCCAUUCGCGUCUGCCGCGAUGCGGUUACCCGCCGCUCCCUCGGCUACGCCUACGUGAACUACAACACCACCUCCGACGGUGAGAAGGCUCUCGAGGAGCUUAACUACACCCUCAUCAAGGGCCGCCCCUGCCGUAUCAUGUGGUCUCAGCGUGACCCCGCUCUCCGCAAGACCGGCCAGGGCAACGUCUUCAUCAAGAACCUCGAUGUCGCCAUUGAUAACAAGGCUCUGCACGACACCUUUGCUGCUUUCGGCAACAUCCUGAGCUGCAAGGUCGCCCAGGACGAGAACGGCAACUCCAAGGGCUAUGGAUUCGUCCACUACGAGACCGAUGAGGCUGCUUCCCAGGCCAUCAAGCACGUUAACGGCAUGCUUCUCAACGAGAAGAAGGUCUACGUCGGUCACCACAUUCCCAAGAAGGACCGCCAGAGCAAGUUUGAGGAGAUGAAGGCCAACUUCACCAACAUCUACAUCAAGAACAUCAGCGGCGAGGUGACUGACGACGAGUUCCGCGACCUCUUCACCCCCUUCGGCGACGUCACCUCUUCCUCACUCGCCCGCGACCAGGAGGGCAAGAGCCGCGGCUUCGGUUUCGUCAACUUCACCACCCACGAGGCUGCCGCCAAGGCUGUUGAUGACCUCAACGGCAAGGACUUCCGCGGACAGGACCUGUACGUUGGCCGAGCCCAGAAGAAGCACGAGCGCGAGGAGGAAUUGCGCAAGUCUUACGAAGCUGCUCGCAUGGAGAAGGCCAACAAGUACCAGGGCGUUAACCUGUACAUCAAGAACCUCGAUGACGAUGUUGACGACGAGAAGCUCCGCCAGCUCUUCGCCGACUUCGGUCCCAUCACCUCUGCCAAGGUCAUGCGUGACAACGCCACUGACUCUGGCAACGAGGACGAGGGUUCCUCUGAGGAGAAGGAAACGGAGGCUAAGAAGGACGAGGAGGAGGAGAAGCCCGAGGAGGCUAAGACGGAUGACAAGGAGGACGCUGACAAGAAGUCGGACAAGAAGUCAGACAAGAAGCUCCAUGGUAAGAGCAAGGGCUUCGGCUUCGUCUGCUUCAGCAACCCCGACGAUGCCACCAAGGCUGUCGCCGAGAUGAACCAGCGCAUGGUCAACGGCAAGCCUCUCUACGUCGCCCUUGCCCAGAGGAAGGAUGUCCGCAAGAGCCAGCUCGAGGCCAGCAUCCAGGCUCGUAACCAGCUCCGCAUGCAGCAGGCCGCCGCCGCCGCCGGCAUGCCCCAGCAGUACAUGCAGCCCCCCGUCUUCUACGCCGCCGGCCAGCAGCCCGUCUUCCCCCAGGGUGGUCGCGGUAUGGCCUUCCCCCAACCCGGUAUGGCCAUGCCUGCCGUCCAGGGCGGCCGCCCCGGUCAGUUCCCCGGCGGUUACCCCCAGCAGGGUGGACGUGGUGGUCUUCCCCAGCAGAUGCCCCCCGUCUACGGCAUCCCUGGCCAGUUCCCUCCCGGCGCCCCCUACCCCCAGCCCGGCAACCCCCAGUUCCUCGCCGCCAUCCAGCAGGUUCAGCAGGCUACCAUGGGCGGUGGCCGUGGCGGUCCCCAGGGAGGCCGUGGUCCCGUUCCUCAGGGCAUGCCCCUGCCCGGCCCCGGUAUGCCCGGCUUCCCCCCCAACGCUCGCCAGGGUGGCAACCAGCCCGGCGCUGGUCGCGGUGCCAACGCCAACGCUCCCCGCAACGCCCCCUUCCCCCAGGGCGGACGCGGAGCUAACGCCCAGGACCUUAACAACGGCAGCGUUAUUCAGCAGCAGCUCGCUGCUGCUGGUGGCAACCCUGGACAGCAGAAGCAGAUCCUUGGUGAGGUCAUCUUCCCCAAGAUCCAGGCGAUCCAGCCCGAGCUCGCCGGAAAGAUCACCGGUAUGCUCCUCGAGAUGGACAAUGCCGAGCUUGUCAACCUCAUUGAGGACGAGUCCGCUCUCAAGGCCAAGGUCGACGAGGCCCUCGGCGUCUACGAGGAAUACAUCAAGGCCCAGGGUGGCGAGGAGGGCGAGAAGAAGGCUGAGGAGACCAAGGCUUAAGCCGUCUCUUCGACUAUCACGCAACGUCAUGAGCAUGAUUUCCUUAUGUCAUCAUACCCCUUAUUAUCGGGCAUCCUUUCGACGACCAGUGAGCAUACGACGACGCUCAUGAGGUCAUUGCUCAACACGGAUUGGGAAAAGUUAUUUGGAAUGAGGCGGCAUAAUCGACUGCAUUUUUAACGCCAAAGGGAUCUCCACGACAUGCAUUUGUUACGUUGGCAGAUCACUGCAGGAUCUGUCUUUGAACAUCCCUGAGGCCUGCAUGUAUGGAUAGACUUCUCCAUUGCCUUAUAGGCUGUAAGAACGGGUGGUUUGCUUGCGGGCUGCCCCCUGUUCUCGUUCUGCCAGGAAGGCUUGUUGGGAUGCGUCGUUUGCUGCCCCGCAGUAUGUGGAUUCUCCAGGAAGGCGUUUUACGGUUGUAUGUUUGAGUCGCGCGAAUCGCCUGGCUUCGCUCGCUUGCGAUGGCACCAAUACCCCCACACAGAACGGUACUCGUUUCUUCAGGACAGGCACAUGGUGGUUAUGAGGAGAGAGUAGGUGGGAAAGUAUCUCCUAAUAGAA